AGGUGGGCGUGCCGGCCAGGCAGGGAGGCAGGACCUAUAAAGCACUCUGUGUUCCGGAGGCGGAGCGGCAGGGCGCAGCCUGUGCGGGUGGGCGCGGUGACCCGCAGCCUUUGGCUCGCAGCGGGACUGUGCCGGGGACCACUGUCCAAGGAUCGGGCUACUGAGGGACGUCUGCCUCAGUUUACCCCCUCACCGUCCGGUGAAAUCCCUGCAGCGCCUUAGGGAAAACCGUUCUGCUCCGCGAGGGAAACAGAGCCGUUGACCAUGGUUGCAACGGGCAGUUUGAGCAGUAAGAACCCGGGCAGCAUUUCAGAGUUGCUGGACGGUGGCUAUCAUCCUGGGAAUCUGCUAAGUGAUUUCGACUACUGGGAUUAUGUUGUCCCUGAGCCCAACCUCAACGAGGUGGUAUUUGAAGAGACCACGUGCCAGAAUUUGGUUAAGAUGUUGGAAAACUGUCUAUCCAAAUCAAAGCAAACCAAACUGGGUUGCUCCAAGGUCUUGGUCCCUGAGAGACUGACCCAGAGAAUUGCUCAAGAUGUCCUGAGGCUCUCUUCCACGGAGCCCUGCGGCCUUCGGGGCUGUGUGAUGCACGUGAACUUGGAAAUCGAGAAUGUGUGCAAAAAGCUCGACAGGAUCGUAUGUGAUGCGAGUGUGGUGCCCACCUUUGAGCUCACACUCGUGUUCAAGCAGGAGAACUGCUCGUGGACCAGCCUCAGGGACUUCUUCUUUAGCCGAGGGCGCUUCUCGACAGGCCUCAGGAGAACUCUGAUCCUAAGCUCAGGAUUUCGGCUCGUUAAGAAAAAACUGUACUCUCUGAUUGGAACGACGGUCAUUGAAGAGUGCUAAGGAGGAAAAGCCAUUAAAGGUUCCUAAUGAGUGGAUAAUAAACCUCUAACGCUGUUCAG